CUGACCAAUUCUUCCUCCGUCCUUCCCCUUUUCAACCUACGCGCACCCACCACACUCCUUUUCUUCCCCAAAGACCCAGCAUUCCUUCAACAGUUCCUACUGCAAUUCUCCUCCUCCCUGGAUUCUGGGGAUUUAAAUUUGGGUCUGGGGUUUGAGCUUAAUUCGUAAUCAUGGCGUUUUCGAGUGGUUUUGCUACGACUUUUUCUGGUUCCAAAUGGGAGAUGUUGAUUCUCAAUUCGUCUUCUUCUUCUUCUUCCUUGAGGGCUUGUUUUCCUUCCCAGCAAAUGAAGCCCUUUUGCAGGUUCAAUAGGGACAGGAGGAAUUUGGUUCAGAAGGGUGUUGUCAGAUGUGAAGUUGCUCAAUCCGAUGCCACUUUGGGGUCCGACAAGAUCGAGCCUUCUAAGGCCGCCGCCGUCGUCUCCGCUCUCGAGCAGCUCAAGACCUCCGCUGCUGAUCGAUAUACGAAGGAAAGAAGUAGCAUUGUUGUCAUUGGGCUAAGUGUUCACACAGCACCAGUGGAGAUGCGAGAGAAGCUUGCCAUUCCAGAAGCAGAAUGGCCACGAGCCAUUGGGGAGUUAUGCAGUUUGAAUCAUAUUGAAGAGGCUGCUGUUCUUAGCACCUGCAAUCGAAUGGAGAUAUAUGUUGUAGCUCUGUCUCAGCAGCGUGGGGUCAAAGAAGUUACUGAAUGGAUGUCGAAGACUAGUGGAAUCCCAGUUUCAGAGAUUUGUCAACACCGGUUUUUGCUGUACAAUAAGGAUGCUACGAAGCACGUCUUUGAAGUAUCAGCUGGUCUUGACUCCCUUGUUCUCGGAGAAGGUCAAAUUCUUUCCCAAGUUAAACAAGUUGUCAAAGUUGGGCAAGGAGUUGUUGGGUUUGGAAGGAAUAUUAGUGGGCUGUUCAAGCAUGCAAUUACUGUUGGCAAGCGGGUUAGAACAGAGACUAAUAUUGCUGCAGGGGCUGUUUCUGUUAGCUCCGCAGCUGUUGAGCUGGCCUAUAUGAAGCUUCCUGAAUCAUCACAUGCUACUGUCCGAAUGUUGGUGAUUGGAGCAGGGAAAAUGGGGAAGCUUGUGAUCAAGCACUUGGUAGCAAAAGGGUGCACAAAGAUGGUGGUUGUUAACAGAAGUGAGGAGAAAGUUGCAGACAUCCGUGAGGAGCUGACAGGUGUUGAGAUUAUCUACAAGCCUCUCACAGAUAUGCUAUCUUGUGCAGCUGAAGCUGACGUGAUCUUUACCAGCACAGCAUCAGAAACCCCAUUGUUUCUGAAAGAGCAUGUUAAGGAUCUCCCUCCUGUCAGUGAAGAAGUUGGGGGUUUGAGGCUUUUUGUUGACAUCUCCGUACCACGAAAUGUUGGGUCAUGCGUCAAUGAUAUUGAAAGUGCACGAGUUUACAAUGUCGAUGACCUUAAGGAGGUUGUUGCUGCCAAUAAAGAGGACCGGCUACGGAAAGCAAUGGAAGCUCAGGCCAUUGUUACGGAAGAAAUAAAACAGUUUGAAGCUUGGAGGGCUUCCCUUGAAACAGUACCUACCAUCAAGAAAUUGAGGGCCUAUGCAGAGAGAAUUAGAGUUGCGGAGCUAGAGAAAUGCUUAUCAAAGAUGGGUGAUGAUAUCCCAAAGAAAACAAGGAGGGCCGUUGAUGAUCUUAGUCGUGGUAUUGUGAAUAAACUUCUUCAUGGUCCAAUGCAGCAUCUGAGGUGUGAUGAUUCUGAUGGCCGAACACUGAAUGACAUCCUGGAGAACAUGCAUGCGCUUAAUAGAAUGUUUAGCCUUGAAUCAGAUCUAUCUCUUGUUGAGCAGAAAAUUCGAGCUAAGGUUGAACAAAAUCAGGAGUGAAUUCCUACACAAUUUCUCUUGCCAGGCACUUCUUUCCCUUCCUCUAAAAUUGAAUAAGUGGACAACUUAGCUUGUCCAGAGAUCUUUCCAUUCAUUUAUUGGCGCAAGACGCAUUUUUCUAACUCAUCUGCUUUCUUCAUGUGCCCAGAAUGCGUUCGUAGUGUUCCCUCUCGGCUUUGUACGAUACAACUGAGGAAACUGGAAACUACGAGGCGAACCCGUAUAUUGAUUUGCUUAUGUGUUCCCUGUCGGGAACAAUAUUACUAUUUUGUAAAGAUUAAUUGACUGCUUAUAUUAAUGUAGAAAUGGGUUUAUACUUUUUGGUAAUCAUCUUUGUUGGUAUGUCUCCCGUUAUACCUAUAGUAAAGCUUUUGCAGAGCA